AUGCACCUGAAGGUAGACCGCAGCACGCCUACCCGUCUUUUUUCGGGCGAUGAUGAUGCCGCUGCCGUGCUGGACAAGGGCCAUGGCAGCUCCAAGAGAAUCAUGGCAGCAAGGGUGCCUGCCUUAAGGGCGCGCAAGCAGCUCACUCUGAGCGACUGCGUCGACCAAUCGAUACACGAGGUGAAGUGGCCACCAUCACUUGAGCAACUGACCUUCGGUUACCAGUUCAACACGCCGAUUGACUUCAUUUCUUGGCCGCCAUCCCUGAAGGAGCUAACCUUUGGGUGCCACUUCGAUUGCGAAGUCGGCCUGGUGCAAUGGCCACCGUCUUUGGAGAGGAUCACUUUCGGCUUUAAGUUCAACCACAAAAUAGAAGGGAUCUCGUUCCCACCGUUCCUGCUCGAAGCACUCACCGGUGACCCAGACUUUUUCAAGGCGAUCGAGUGGCCAGACUCUCUCCAAGAAAUGACAUUCGGGGGCGAGUUCAACCAGCCAAUUGAGAGAGUCGCAUGGCCGGCGUCUCUGCAACGCUUGACCUUCGCAAUUUUUGGCGGAGAAUUCGACCGGCCAAUCGACAACGUCUCAUGGCCGGCGUCAUUUUGGCCGGCGUCGCUACAACGCCUGGGCUUCGGCGACGGAUUCAAUCAGCCGAUUGAUCAGGUCGUGUGGCCAUCGUCACUACAACAACUGGCACUUGGGGAUGAGUACGGUCGCGGGACUGGAUUCAACCAGCCCAUUCAUCUGGUCUCGUGGCCGGCCUCUCUGCUCCAGGUGACGUUUGGCAGAGACUUCAAGCAGGCGAUUCACGAAGUCAACUGGCCCUCAUCGCUACAGCGACUGGAGUUCAAGAGUGCCCUCCAAUGGCCGGAGGAGGGAGUCACCUUUCCGGCAUCGCUGCGACAGAUAGAGGUCCAGCGACGGCCAGAGGAGCCGCUGCCGGAAGUGCCUGGUGUUGACGUAUGCAGGUUUUGGAACAAGUACUGGGUUGACUGA